UAAUACUAAUGGUGAUAGAAAAGUAAAAACUAAAACUCUUCCUGCUCAAUACAAUGAAAUUACUUGUGCUAGUGAAGUAGUUUUCAAUGAACAUGACAGGAAGAGGUUUUUUUGUUAAAAUACAGCUUAAUCUUCAUGCUGUAUCUUGUCCCGGUGUCUGGUUAUGUCCAAAUGGAAAAAUAACUUUAAAAAUUAAUACUCUUAAUUCUAAUAGAGAGUCUCAUAGAAUUGCACCAGUUUUUCCAUUACUACUUCAUGAAAAAUUUACAUUUGAAAAAAUGUUUUCUCAUGUAGUUACUUUAACAGAAUUACAACAUAGUCUGGAACAAGAAUUUUUUUUUGCAGAAUUAGUACAAUGGGUUACACCUUCUGGUAGAGGAGUCAUUUUAGCUACAUUUGAAACAAAUUUAGUUGAUUUAUUAUACCCUACAUCAUAUUUCAAAGGGCUAUUAGCUCGUGUAGAUAUAGAUUUACUUAUGGAACCUACUAAAUAUUUUCCUGGUAUAAUAGCACCUAAAAUUGAAGUGUCCACAAAAACUAUUAUAGAAGGAAUUAUGAACAUAGAUGAUAUUAAUAUGUCAGGGAUACAUAUCAUCAAUCCAAAAACAAUAAACUCAAAGAAUGCAUCAUGGAUUAAUAGAAAACGUCCAGUCAAGGGUAUUAUCAGACAAAAGAGAGUUUGUCAUAGUCAAGGAAUAAUUACAGAUAAAAAUUAUCAAUUAUCCCAACAAAAAUCAAAUAAUAAAUUAAAUUCAUAUGUAUAUCCUAUUAAAAGAGUGCAAUGUCCUAAUGAUCAAUAUUGUUGUGCAGGAAAAAAAUCUAUUUGUAAUUGUGAACCAUGUUAUUCAGAACAAAAAUCUAGACCCUUAGCUUCACAUAAUGAUUUACAUAUUUAUGACAAAUGUCCCGUUUGUUUAAAAUAUAAAUAUUAUUUUUCUAAUCAAAAUAAUCCAACUAAUACUGCACAAAGUUACAAUAUUUAUUGUAAAAAAGAUUUGUUAAAAGACCAUCAUUUCUCUAAAUGUACUUGUCAGUUUUCUAAUGAUAAAAAUCACAAUAUUAUUCAAUCUCCAAACAAUGUAUAUACAGGACAAAAGGAAUCAACAGUAUCUAUAUUAGAAUCGAAAGUAAAAACGGUAGAUAACAUAAAUGAAACCUAUUAUAAAUGUGGGCAAAAUCAAUUGAAAGAUUUUUACAAAAACAUGGAAAAAUUUUAUAAGAGAAUGUAUGAACAGGCAAGAAAGCAUGCUGAAGGAAUUAAUGCAUAAAGAAUUGACAUAUAUUGCUAUCUGACAUGAAUCUGUCAUGGAUUUUAUAUUGUGAUGUUGUAAUUAAAAUUGAACCUGUGUUGUUAGAAUAAUUGUUUUUCUUAAAAAAUAAGUAUCAGUACAAGAAGAGUUUUACAACUCUCUUAGACCACAAUAUUAUUAUGUAUUGUGGUAUUAUAUUACAGUAUUACUUUUUCAUAUUGCAUUCUUCAAUGUACCAUACUUUUAUAUACAUAUUUACAGAGUAAGUUUCAAAGAAUAUUAAUUUCAAACUGAUUCUUUUACAUAAACUUGUCUUCCUUUUUUAUAAGCUGGCGUACGUGCUACCCUUGCACCACGAAGAGUAACAGAUUUUUUCAAGAGAGCUGGCAUUCUUAAAUGUAUACCUCGUGCACAUGGAGUCCAACCUUGUAACUUAACUUUUUCAUUUUCGUUAGGAGUGACUGCUAUCCAACCUAUAGAAAUAUAUUUUAAUAUUUUA